GUUUUAACGUGUUGAAGUGUCGUAGUAAAUAGUCUAGCUGAAGUUUAAUUCUUUAACAGGUUUUGACGUUUAUAUUUCUUGCCGCAGCUAUACCAGUUGUGAAUAUCUCCCAGGCGGGACAAGUGAGUGGUCAAGGGAACAAUGCUACCGUUUUGAAACCGACUACGAACUUUGCACAAAUAGUACAGAGCGCGACCGGUAAGCAUUUGGUGUUGACUUCUAAUCCGGGAAUAACAACGAAUAUCCCCAUUACGUAUACAACAAGUGUGCAGACACUCAAGUUUCUGUCCAAGCAGCCGGUGACUACUGUUGGAAAUGCAGGACAUGGUGUAACCAAAGCUUUCGUCAAAUUCCAACUCUCAUCAGUUACCACUGUGAACACUACUCCCAUUACAACAACCAACUCCGUUCAGUGUAACGUCAAGACGGAAGAAAAAAAUUCGUUGGGCGGCGUCCGUCCAUCUGUAGGAAACGAUUAUAUCGGUAGGCUGUAUUCAAAACAAAACAACCUGGACGUACGGUGGAAGGACAAGAGGUCGGGUAGAUCGCAGGGAAUUGUUAAGGAGAAAACGAGGGAUGUGACAGUUGACAAGAAGGAUGCUAAAGGAGAGCGCACGCGUCGGAUGCAGUUGAUGGCAUCUGUCAACGCAAGGCGGUGCGAUGCGUUGCCUCUGUACGGUAGAGACUUCCAGGACGUAGUGAAAAUUUUCAAACCAAAUGAAAAAGAUGUGUGGUCGGGAGGCUACGUGCGAUGCUUGAAUAUUCUGUAUAAUAUGCAUAUGGAGGAACAGGCAGAUUGCCUCAAGGAUAUGCUGUGUAAUCCAGAAAGGAGAAUUGAACAGUUGAAAGACGCCUGUGAUAGAUUUAUCUUAUUCGUACCUGCAGUGAAAGCUCCAGAACCUGAGAUGAGGAUUUGGCAUCCUUCGCCAAGUAAAUACUGGGGUCAACAGGAACAAAAACAAUUGAUCCGGACAUUGUUCUCCAAGAUGGCAACGCCUUUGCAUCCAAUCGCUUCCGCCAUGGUCACGCAAUUCCCCGAUCCCAGGUUGAUACAGUACGAUUGCGGGAAGCUGCAAACCCUUGACAGACUGCUGAGAAGUUUGAAGGUUGAAACACAUCGUGUGCUCAUAUUCACGCAAAUGACCAAGAUGCUGGACGUUCUUGAGGCAUUCCUUAAUUACCAUGGACACAUAUAUCUAAGACUGGAUGGUACAACCAAAGUGGACCAAAGACAGGUGUUGAUGGAGCGUUUCAACAACGACAAGCGCAUUUUCGCUUUCAUCCUAUCAACGCGCUCUGGCGGCGUGGGCGUCAACCUAACCGGUGCCGAUACUGUGAUAUUCUACGAUUCUGACUGGAAUCCAACGAUGGACGCUCAGGCCCAAGACAGAUGCCAUCGUAUCGGACAGACGAGGGACGUCCACAUCUAUCGGCUGGUCAGCGAACGGACUAUUGAGGAGAACAUACUGAAAAAGGCCAAUCAGAAGCGACUGCUGGGCGAUCUUGCCAUAGAAGGCGGGAAUUUCACCACUGCAUACUUCAAAAGCUCGACCAUCCAAGAUCUGUUCAAUGUGGACCAGUCCGAAGAGACGACAGCCUCUUCUCGUUUGGCGGAUCUCGUCGACUCCAAAAAGGACGAGCACGAUAAGAUACCUGUUGUCGCAACAACACCGCCCGCAAUGGACGAAAAAAUCGCCGUUGGUGCUUUGGAGAAUGCUUUGGCUGCUUGUGAGGAUGAUCAGGAUGUGCAGGCUGCCAGAACAGCAAAGGCGGAAGCAGUGGCAGACCUCGCCGAGUUCGACGAGGACAUUCCGUUGGAAGAGCAACAACUGGAGCCUACUCAGCCACAGCAAAAGGAAGUCAGCAAAGCCGAGCAAGAAAUCAACAGCGUCAUAGAGAAGCUCUCCCCGAUCGAGAAGUACGCGAUGAAGUUCAUCGAAGCGACGGAGUCGGCGUGGUCCGCGGAACAACUGGCAGCUGCUGAACGAGAAAUCGAAGAGCAGAAGCGCGAAUGGGAAAAGAACCGUCUCGCUGCUAUGCGUGAAGAGGAGGAACGGCGUGCCAGAGAGCUAGAGGAGGAGGCAGACAUUAUCACAUACAGUCGGGAGGACGCCGCGAACCAGGUCAGCAACAUUAAAAAAUUCCGCAGGUUUAAGGUAAAAGCUAGGCAGGAGAUCAAGGUUAAAAAUAUCAACAAGAAACUUGUCAAAAACGUUCACAUGAAACGGCGACGGAAAAGACGACGACUCAAACAUCCUGAAGUCGAGGAUCGUUCACCACAACUUAACGGAGACACUGAGAACAGUCUGGAUAGUACUGAGUCAUUGAGCAGUAAUAGUGUAUCAGGUAACUUAAUCGCGAAUGAUACAGAUCACAAUUCUCCACGUACGCGAUCCAGAGGCACUGUUGCUAUCAAUCUCUGGACGCUGGACGUAAGCCCUCUCCUCCCAGGAGAAAAACCGAUGAAACGCAACAAUAAAGAAAGCGCCUCCUCGCUAUCUGAAGACUGUCAAUCUGGCUGCGAAGAAAAUCCAGUAAUGAAGCCUUCAAAGAGGGGAGCGUCAUCAGUUUCAGGAGAUGAUAGUCAGUCUGGCGAAGAAGAGAAAGUGGUGGUGGUGAAGAAGAAACGUGGUAGACCGAGAAACGCGGUUAAGGGUAAACAUUUAGAUUCAGGGUUGUGCGAAGUAAAAAAAUGUUCAAUAAUUUUGAAUGAUAUUUUAGCAGAUGGACAAGUACACAUAUCCGGUGAUACAGAUAGUAAGAGAAAAUCUGCUGCAAAAACUGAUUUUGAUACAGAGGGUAGCGAACAAUGUGCUGGAACUGAAAAUAAAACAGAAUGUUAUGAUAAAACAUCGCUUGACAACAGUGAAAAUGUGAAUUCAGAUUUUGAUGCAAAUAGGGAUGACUGUAUUAAAAAAACGACUGAAAAUUCGGUAGACAUAAAACAACAAAACCAUAUUGAACACGAAAAUACAGAAGUUGAAUCUAAAGAAGUUGAAGAAAAUGCAUUUUACACGAAGUUAUCACCUCCUAAUAAAAAUGAAAAUACGAUUAAUUUAGUUGAACAUGAGGAAAAUGAAAAUAUGCAAACAGAAUCAUCUGACCAUAUUGAAAAAACGGCUGAUAAUUCGGCAGGCGCAUCAGAUCAAAUUUAAUUGAAAAUGAUAGUGAUACUGAUGCGGCUGCAAAAUCUACUGUAACAACUAAUAAUGUAAUCAACUGUGAUAGCACUUUAACUCAUGACAGGAGUGGAGAACAGGGUUCUGAUCAAAUCGAGGAUAAAAAGGCAACAACACGCACUUACCUAAUAAAAACACAAAAUGAAACGUCAUCAACAAACGAAGAUAUUUUUACAAAACUAGAUAGCGAAAUUGAAAAAAUAGAAACUUCAUCUAAACUCGCCAAGUAUAAUGAUGAGUCUGUGAUCGAUGCAAAAGCAACGUGUGUGAAUAGUGAUGAAUCUGUCAAAGAAAUUACAGAAACUGCCUUAGAAGGUAUUAUCAAUAUUGACAAUAGCUGGGAUGUUGCAUCAGCUAAUGAAACAUUCAUAAACAAUGACUCGAUUGAAGAUGUUUGUGAAAAUUAUGUUUCAGAAACUAAUGAAAAUUUCACUGAAGCAACAACAGUUAAUCAUAAUUCUGAAGUAGAUAGUUUAGAAAACAAGUCAACUUCACAUAUUUGUAACUCCACCUAUAAAAAUACAGAAGAUGUACUAGAAAAUGACAUCGAUGUUGAUCCAGUAGCUGAUUCAACUAAUAAGGAUGCUUCUAAAGAAAGUGAGUCUGGUACUCUGUUCCUAAAAUACCCAAAGAGCUAUUCAAAAUUCAGACCAACUGGGCGAAAACCGUAUAAGAAGCUCGGUAACAAUAAUGGAAAAACAUUAGAUGGCUGGAUCAGAAAGCCCUAAAAAAUCAUUUUCGGGGUUUUGAUGGCAAAAGCAAACGCUUAGUGAUCAGUAUGAGAAUGAAAUGUCAGUCAUUGUGCAAAAUUGUGGGAUCAACUAAAAUGUAUCCACAAAUUGGCUCGGUAUUGACGUCUUGGUUAAGACCUUUUUGUUAACUAUUUUUCACUGAAAAACUUUAUUUUAUUAAUGACAUGUCAAAAAACCAAAUUGUAAAUGAUUAUAUCAACAUUUGGACUCGAAUAUAGUCAUAGUCACUUGGUGGGCUGAAAAACUGACAGGCCAUGGUAACUUAUUUUAAAACCUAACUUCCUUGGCGUAACUUCUCUCAAACAUGUCUCCUAGUCUCUAUGGACAUUAAGCCAUUGAAAUACAGGAGCAAUAUAGUUGCAGUUAGUAUGGUACUCAAAAGUUCCUGCAAGUCUUGAACGUAACUGGAUCGAUUUUGCUCAGUGACUGGUGGACUUUUAAAAAAACAAUGUGAUCUAGUUAGUUAUUUGUACAGUCUAUUGGUAGAGUUAUAGUUUUUUCACGAAGACAAUUUUUUUAUUGCGCAUAAUUGUAAAUUAUCGUGUGGAUGUGUAUAUUUAUGUCUGUUGCCCUUUUUCCAAUUUUUAUUUUGGAAGCUUCGUAAACUCUGGUCGUUUUCAAAUUGUUGACUUAAGUUAUCUGUUUUGAAUGUUGUUUUGCUGGUGAUGUUUCAUUUCUUUUCUUCUGGCAUUUCCAGUCCGCAUUUUUUUUUUCAUUUACAUAUUUUUAUAGUAUCCGUCAUUUUAUAAAUGAUUAUGUCAAUUUCUGAAGUGAUGUGCUGCUGCUAGCUUCGGUUAUGUUGCAUCAGGAAUGAUAGAGAACAAGUGGUUAAUCUCUUCAUUAUUACUGGAAUGUAUGCAAGUGAAGAAUGCGUAUAUGAAAAUGCAUUCUAAUUGACUCAAGACACUGUUCUUACACACACGUUUGCUGGGGAGUUUGACUGCUUGUUUUCUAUCCACGUUGGAUUGAAUAUUAUACGGCACUGUUGCUUGUAUGUUUCAUUCGGGAACUUAAAACAAAUAUAUAUAUAAUUAUGUAUGCCAAAAGAAGAGACUGAUAACCCACAACUAGACAUUGUAUAUACUUUUUACACUUUCAUUUAUAAUGGUUAUCAUAAUCAUUUUACGUAAGUUUCAUGUUACUGACAAAGUUAUAUUUUUUUAAAUUGUAACAUGAAAUCUUGUCAUAUCCUGGACAACCUUGUGUUUAUAGACAAAUGGCUCAUCAUGUAAAACACAACUUUUAUUUGUCUGUGGGUGCCAAACAUAUUAUUAAUUUCAAAUUAAUUAUCACAUCCUCUUCCCAUAUUAAUGACAAUUAGUUAACCUCAUCAAGGAUUAAGUUGUUUUCUAUAACUUAAAACGUUUCUUUCUAUUUCCACGUCAUUGAUCAUUCUAGGUUGAUUUUAGGAACAGGUUAUUGGUUUCGAGUUUUUCAGUGCAAAUCAUACUAGUAUGAUUGAUAUUGUUUAUUAUUAUUAUUAUUAUGAUGGAGCCUAUCCUGUGGUAAGCAAAGGCUGUCCAAAAAAAAUUGGCCAUGUACAUAGUAUCUGUAUAAUAAUACCGAAGAAUGCAAACGUGCGUUAACAGGAAAACACAAGAAUAAAGAAGUUCUCUUGCGAA